CCGCUUGGUCAAGGUCCUAUAUAAUCUGAACUCUGCAACCGCCAUUGACGCCGGAAUCCGCCACGUGUCGAGCUCGCCGAUAGAUCUCGAGACACUUGGCAUUCCGUGGGACGAGGAAGCAUGCAGAAGAACCGGGAAACCCUACCCUUCUAUAAAAUUCCGGGAAGGGCUUCACUUCCAUGACUGCAUUUGCUGUUACUCUGUCCUUCGCGGCCACAAAGGGAAAAGAAAGAAAGAGCUGAGAAAGAUGGCAGAUCGGAGCAGAACCACCGCCGGCUGCAACGACCGGUGCGGCUGUCCUGACCCCUGUCCUGGCGGCGGUGCUUGCAGGUGCACGUCGAUCAGUGAAGCCUCGGCCGGGGACGAUGCUCACAAGCGGUGCACGUGCGGCUAGCACUGCAGCUGAAACCCUUGUGCAUGCACCAAGACGGAGGCCGCCACCGGCACCGACAGGCGCUACUGCCGCUGCGGCAAUGGCUGCACGUGCCCCACGUGCGCCGCCUGAGUUUGGAUGAGCUUUUCCUUUUUUUUUUUUUUUUGGGAGAGGGUACCUUUUCAGUGUCUGGGGGCUGUGUUUGUUGAUUGUAAAUAUUUUCCACAAGAAUAAAACGAGGCCAGGCUCUAA